AUGGCAUCCGUCUCGGACCCCGACCCCGACUCCGACGCCGACACUGAAGCCAGCACACCCCUCCGCCUCCGACGCCGCCGCCGCGGCCCCAUCCUCGUCUCCUCCGACACCGACACCGACAGCGAGCCCGAGCGCCCGCCGCGGCACCUCCGCGCGCCGUCGAGAACGCCAUCGUGGGCAAAGAGCGUGUCGAGGUCGCCGAGCCCCAUUGUGCAUAGGAGGAAGAGGGCGAAGAGGAGUGUUUCGCCGGGGAUUGGGAUUGCGAUUGGGCGCUGGGGAGGCGACGAUGAGAAGGGGUAUGAGUCGGCGGAGAGCGGGCGCAUACGGCUGCGCAAAGAGAGGAGCCCGAGUGUGUUGCGGGAGGAAGAGUCGGACGAUGAGGGUGUGUCUGGGAGCGGGAGUGAGGUUGAGGUGAGCUCUGGUGAGAGUGGGGUGGACGACUCCGAAGACGAGGACAAGGUUGAGAGUGAUGGGGAAUCGGAGGCCACCUCAGCGAUUGAGGAACAGCUACAUCCAGAUAGUCCCACCGGAACUGCUCAGAUGCGGAUAAAGAGGCAAGAGAGCCCAGAUCAGGAGCUACAGUCGGAUGCUAUGUCUAAGGACGAGGAGAGCGAAGACGAGAAGGAAGCUUCAAGUUCAGGUGCUGAAGAUAAUGCAGAGACCGAGCCUGAAGCGGAAACCGAGUCGGAAGUAGAGCCCGAACCGCAACUGGAGAUCGAAUCGGAGCAGGAGGCUGAAUCGGAAGUGGAGGCCGGCUCAGAAGCACAGGUCGAAUCAGAAUCAGAAGCCGAAUUCGAAGUAGAGAGCGAAGCAGAAACAAAAUUCGAAUCCGAAGCAGGAGUCGAUUCCGAGGCGGAGUCUGGGACAGAAACAAAAUUUGAAUCGGAAGCAGAGCUAGAAUCGGAAGCAGAGGUUGAGACUGAAACAAAAUUCGAAUCGGAAGCAGAAGUGGAAUUAGAAGUAGAGACCGAAGAAGAAACAAGAUUCGAAUCAGAAGCAGAACGAGACUCGGAAACAGAGGCCGAUUCAGAGGUAGAUGACAUGCCCGAACCUUGGAACGGGCCUGAGGAUAGCCCGAGUCCGAGUCCGAGGGCGAACCCGAACCUAAACCCGAACCAGAACCAGAACUCGAGGAUGAAGCUCAAUUCGCAGACGAAUCCCAGCUGGAGACCCAACCACUUUACGAGCGCAGAAGAAGAGGGGGAGGGGGAGGAGGGGGAGGAGGAGGAGGAAGAAGAAGAAGAGGAAAUCUCAGCCCCACUCGCCAGCCCUAACAAGCGCCCCACAGCCCCUCUAGAUAGCCCCUCCCCAUCAGAUCAAAGCGAAGCAGGCGCCGAAGAAGACGCCGAAAGCCAUUAUACCGACUCCGGCGAAGACGAAAGCGAAAAUGAAUUCGCCGAGAUCAAGCCCACGGCAACCAUUUCCUCCGCCUCCAAAGGCCGCCCAAAACGGGCCGCAGCACAACGGGCCGCAGAACAACGGGCUGUACAACGGGCCGCAGAACGGGCCGCAAAAAAACAGGCCGCAGCACGACGAGCCGCAGCACGACGAGGGGAACGGGUCCCUAAAGUUACCGGAAGAACGCGGGGGCGACAGGUCGACGUGUACAACCCCAAAUACAUUGAGCUCCUCAAUGACCAGAUCGAGCUGGCCGCCUCACGGGGGCUCAGUGAGAUUGAGCAUGACCGCGAGCGGGUGACGCCCGUGCUUGGGUCGGUGUGGACGAGGAGGGAGAGGGAUAUAUUUUUCAAGUAUAUAGCGAUUGUUGGGAAGGAUAAUGUCGCCGAACUGUCACGGCUUAUCGGCACCAAGAGUAUCGUGGAGUGCCGUGCAUAUGUAAAGGCACUGCAGGAUGGGAGAGAGCACGAUUGGCAUGCUCCGGCUAAGCGGUGGAUAAGAGAGAGGGAAAUUGUUUCCUCGAGAGACAUACCAGCGGCCAUGGAACUCAGUGAUGAGUGUGUCGAGGCAUUGGAGGAAGAGGCAGAUGCACUGGAGCUGCGAAUACGCAAGGACGAAGAGAGGCGGGAGAAGGUUAAAUGGGGAGAUCUCUGGCGUCUAGAUGCUGCAAGCUCGUGGAUCAUUGAGAAAAUGUAUAAAAAGAAUGAAAUCGAUGAGAUUCGCGAGAUUGCACCGGAAGCUGAGCUGUUGAACAUUCAUAACAUGCUUGAGAUAUCAGAAAGUAUCUUCAUGAACGGCUCCGGCGACGAUUACAACUGGCAGUUCCUGGGCUCUGAUUCACCCGCGAUCCGCCACACAGCAUUCAAAGAUAUCCACACGCUCAUUGUCAGCCUGAUCAGACGCAUCGUCCAAACAACAAUCUACAUGGCCACAUCACGGCUCCGUGGAAUGGAGAGCCAGGUCUUUGGCGGAUCCAGCAAAUCCAAGCUCAUACGCCCGGCCGAUGUUAAGGCAGCGGUGAAUUGUCUAGGCCUCCCCGAGAACUCGAGGGAGUACUGGAUUAGGAUCCCGAGGAGAACCGGGCUGCACGUUUAUAACAGGAAGGAGGACAUCAGGAAGAAGAGCAAUAUAGGCUUCAUUCCAUAUGAUGAACUGGAGCAGGUCCUGAAAUCUACCAGGGCAUAUGGCUCAGGUUCAGCGGUAAAUCAGGGUGAUAAUGGUGACGACAAGGAAGAUGACGAAGCCGUAGAGGCUAAGAUGGAUGCGUUACUUGCAGCCGCGUACGUUGAGCGCAAUAAUAAUGAGGGAAUAAAGGGUGAAGAUGCUUCGGAUUUAAUGGAUUCCGAAAUCUCAGACCUGGACUCUGAGACCAGUAUCGAUGGCGACGAGGAUGAGGAUGAUGAAAUUCAUGAAUCCGCAGAUAGCGAUAUGGACUUAGAUGGCACGCUUAGAAGCAAGCCCCAGAAAAAACUAGAUUCCAACUUGGAGGCUAUCGACGAUGCAGAGGAUGUGUAUAUGGAGGUAUUGGACAAGAAACGGAGCUAUAAGGAGGAGAAAGCUCUAUGGGAGCUGAUGGGCAGAGAACCCAGUCAGCCUUUGCCUAAAGUAGCAAAACCGUUACCAGAGUUGUUUCCUCUCGAAAGGAAGAGACCGCUGGAUCUUAUGAAUUGGAGGGACAGCGCCGGUUAUCUGGCGUCAUGGGAAACGGAUAAAAGGAGGAAGACAAAGCAUGAUGGUGGUCUAUGGAGAGGAGACGAUGAUAUUUCAACUGCCUUUCAUUCGGCAGCAACCUUGUCAGAGCCACAAAUGACCACCAAAGUGCAUGAGCACAAAGUAAUACCCAAGAAGAAAAAGAGGCCGACGGCCAAAAAGUAG